AUGACAUAUUGCAGAAUUGAAUACAGUUUUCCAAACGUAUACACGAACGAUUCGACGCAGAGCGAAAAAAGAGUGAACGUAUUGUUUGAGCUAGCCAUUUAUGAUUCGUGCCAGGAAGGUCACGUUCUGCAUCCCAAAGAUAUCCACGAUUAUAAGAUUUUCACCAACGGUUCUAUAUAUUUACCUUAUUAUGAAAUAUUUGUUGAAUCGACAUCAUAUUGUCUCGCCGUCGUCGACGGGAAUGAGUUUGAAGUAACCAUCUGUUCUAAAACUUAUGACGAGAUCAAGGAGAUAACUGAUAAUGAGUAUAACAUACAAAUUAUAUAUCUGAGUUGCCAUACAGUAUCUAUAUUACUUUUGGGGUCAGUAUUUCUGGUGUAUUCCAUAUUGCCAAAACUCCGAAAUGUACACGGCUUUAUGUUGCGCAAUUACAGCGGUGCUCUGACUGUUGCACACAGCAUUUACAUUGUGACUUUUAUCAGAACGGCUGACAUACUGUAUUCUGUUUGCGUUACAAUAGCUUUCUUAAACUACCUUUGUUGUAUGGCGAGUUUCUUUUGGUUAAGUAUAAUGAGCUUUGAUAUGUGGUGCACAUUCAGGGGAUGUUAAGAGAAGGAACAAGGGGAAU